AUGGCAAUCGUCGAGUCUUCAAGGACCACGGCGGACUCGACAAUCCGUCGUUCAGAAGUCGGCUAUGCUUGCUGUCAAUGCACACAACGCAAACGGUCUCGAUUGUCAACUGUCUCCACGGAUAAUAUAGAAACGGCCGACUGUUUGGGUGAGGGGAGCAGCAGUUCGUGGGCGCGUCUGGGUGUGCCUACAUGGUUAUCCGCAUCUCGCUCACAUCCGUCAGCGAUCUGUUUCAUGAAACACCAACAACACUCGCGCCCACACGGUGACCCACCGCGCUUGGUCCCGAGCGUCUCGCGGGCUGCUUCCGAGGCCGCAUCUUGA